AUGGGGAAUAAUAAGAGCAGCGCUUUGUCAAAAGAACUCCUGCAGGAGCUGAAAUCCAACACGAAAUAUUCAGAGUCCGAGCUCUGCACCUGGUACCAGUCCUUCCUGAAGGAGUGUCCCAGCGGGAAGAUCAGCAAGCAGCAGUUUGAAGGCAUCUAUGCCAGCUUCUUCCCAAACGCAGACCCCACAAAGUAUGCACGGCAUGUGUUCAGGAGUUUCGACACCAAUGCAGAUGGCACUUUGGACUUUAAGGAGUACAUCGUUGCUCUGCAUCUAACAUCCGGGGGAAAGACUAUGCAGAAGCUGGAGUGGGCCUUUGCCCUGUAUGACGUGGACGGGAAUGGAACCAUCAGCAAAAAUGAAAUGCUAGAGAUUGUUAAGUCAAUAUUCAACAUGAUUCCUGCUGACGACCAAAAGAACCUCCCAGAGGAUGAAAACACGCCGGAGAAGAGGGCGGACAAAAUCUGGGAAUUCUUCGGGAAGAAGGACGACGAUAAAAUCUCAGAGGGAGAAUUCAUUCAGGGUGUGAUGGACAACAAGGACAUCCUGCGGUUGAUACAAUACGAUGAGCCUCAGAAAAUCAAAGACAAACUGAAAGAGAGGAAGAAUUAA